AUGCAAUCUGCCUGGAAACAAGAUUUGUUUACAAAACCUCUUGAUGCAUUGAAAGAAAGCAGGGAAAAUAAAGAUUUGAUUCAUUACAGCAUAUUGUGAUUAAUAUACAAAGGUGCAGUUGGAUCACUAUCAGCUAAAGAAUUCAUCCAGAAUAAGGAAAAUUUAAACCACCAAUCCAGUCUUUAUUUUACUGAGUCAUGGGAUGUGGCACUUCUGGUACAAAAAGCCAAACAAAUAAAUCAAAAAAAGCUAUUAAAGCAGCUAUCCUUAUUCAAAGAUGGUAUCGGUCUUACAUGGCCCGGCUAGAAAUGAGGCGUCGAUAUUCCCUGACUAUUUUCCAAUCAAUUGAAUAUGCAGAUGAACAAGCACAGAUGCAGCUCUCCAAAUUCUUCACGUUUAUGCUGGACCAUUUUAUUCAGACCAAUAAGACAGACCCAGAAAUUAGCUCCCACUUUUUCUCUGGUAGCAGUGAUUAUGCCAUAUCAAUCCCAGAUCAUGCCAUGAAAGAGUAUGAAAGAAUAAUAGAAGUACCAGCCUCUUAUCGUGGGCCCCAUCUUUGUUUUCCUCUCACUGUCGCUGAUACCGAAGUACUUCUUCAGGCUUUCAAAGAUCAACAGCAACUACAUGCUCGAUAUGUGCUUCAGCUGUUUCAUGAGACCAGGAAAGUCCUUCAACAAAUGCCAAACAUCACUCAUCUCUCAACUUCUUAUGCCAAAGAAGUAACCAUCUGUGGUGAUUUACAUGGAAAAUUAGAUGAUCUUUUGCUGAUAUUCUACAAAAAUGGCCUUCCUUCAGAAGAAAAUCCGUAUGUUUUUAACGGUGAUUUUGUUGACAGAGGGAAGAAUUCCAUGGAAAUACUUAUAAUCCUGUUUGCAUUUCUCCUUGUUUAUCCUAACCAUUUACAUCUGAACAGAGGGAAUCAUGAGGACCACCUGAUGAAUCUUAGAUAUGGUUUCACAAAAGAAAUAAUGAAGAAGUAUAAGACCUAUGGCAAACCAAUUUUACAUCUUCUAGAAGAUGUCUACAGCUGGCUUCCUCUUGCUACUAUUAUUGACAAUCAAGUUCUUAUUUUACAUGGUGGAAUAUCAGAUACGACAGAUUUGAAUUUCCUGAAUUCAUUCCACAGAAACAAGUUAAAGUCUUUGCUGAGGCCAGUGAAGUCAAAUAUGGAAGCAAUCUAUGAGCCACAGAGAACAAAUCUUGUGAAAACCAGUAUCAAUCUCACAGAAACCAAAAAAUGCAAUUCUGGGCAAGAGAUUUCCAAGAAAAAUGUAAUAAAGUCUACAUCAGCAUUCUGUGAGAGAAGACAAUACGCCAAGGAAGUGGGUGAUGUCAAAGGCAAUCUUGAUGGCACCCAGGAUAUAACUAGUUCUAGCUCAUUUCAGAAUAAGCCUUACAACUUCACUACCACAAAUGUAUUUCCAGAAUUAACAGCAAAGGAAAGGGAACAAGUGAUGGAUAUUCUCUGGAGUGAUCCUAAGCAUCAAAAUGGUUGUUCACCAAAUAAAAUUCGAGGAGGAGGUUGUUACUUUGGUCCAGAUAUUACUGCCAGAUUGCUGCAACGUUAUAAUUUGAAAUUGCUCAUCAGGUCUCACCAGUGCAAACAGGAAGGUUAUGAGAUCAGUCAUAAUGGAAAGGUCAUCACUAUUUUUUCUGCCUCAAACUACUAUGAAGAAGGAAGCAAUCGUGGUGCCUACAUCAAACUAAAUCCAGAUGUGAUUCCUCAUUUUGUUCAGUAUCAAGUCAGCAAAUCUACACGUAAGCAGACGCUUCAUCAGAGAGUGGCUGCUAUCGAGCUUUCUGCUUUAAAGGGUUUGCGAGAGAAACUUUAUACCCACAAAUCAGACCUCAUUGCAGCUUUCACCCAGUAUGAUCCACUUGGCAUAGGAAGGAUUUCUCUUGGCCAAUGGGCUUCUGCCAUGGAAUCGGUUCUGCAUCUUGACAUACCCUGGAGAACUCUCCGUUCUCGACUAGUUUGCCUGGCUCCAGAUGGAAGUGUGGAAUAUCUUUCAUGUUUUGACAAUUUAGAAAUUAUACUGCCCAUCAAAGAGGUUCAACCAUAUUUGGUGGAAACUCUGUAUAGAUACAAAGCUGAUUUGGAGAUUAUCUUUAAUAUGAUUGACCAAGACCAUUCUGGCCUUAUUUCUGCUGAUGAAUUUCGCCAAACAUGGAAACUCUUCAAUGCACAUGUGAAGAAUGAUGUGAGUGAUGAAUCCAUUGACAGUUUAGCUCGCACCAUGGAUUUUAAUAAAGACGGUAGCAUUGACUUCAAUGAAUUUCUGGAGGCUUUCCGUAUAGUACAUAAAUUCAGUUACAAUGAUCAGCCUUCUUGAAGAACCAACUAGUUGGAGAAAACCCUUCUUUAUAUAUUUAUGUUU